AUGGGUUCUAUUAUUUUCUCUCUCUUUCUUCUUUCCCUUGCAUUUCCUCACCUAACCCAUAAUUUCUUUGUGACUGCUGACUCAAAUUUGAUCCAGAAAACUUGUAAGAACACCAAAUACUAUGGCCUCUGUGUCUCAACCCUCAAAUCUGAUCCCACAAGCAAAACUGCAGACACAAAGGGAUUGGCAGUUAUUAUGGUUGGGAUUGGGAUGGCAAAUGCAACUGCCACCUCAUCUUACUUGUCCUCUCAACUAGUGAGCUCAAGGAACAAUGACACAAACAUGAAGAAGGUGCUCAAGGAGUGUGCUGAUAAGUAUGGCUUUGCUGGAGAUGCCCUCCAAGCUUCAGUGCAGGAUUUGGCCUCAGAGUCAUAUGAUUAUGCUUCCAUGCACAUCAAUGCAGCUGCUGACUACCCAAAUGCUUGCCACAAUGCUUUCAAAAGGUACCCAGCUUUGGCUUAUCCUCCGGAACUUGCAAGAAGAGAGGAGGGUUUGAAGCAUAUUUGUGAUGUGGCUUUGGGAAUUAUUGAUAAUUUUGGUUGGUAA